AUGACUAAUGACGAUGAUAAAUUCAGAAAUGAUGAACAAUUUAACAAAAACAAUAGUUUCAAAAUCGAAACUAGCAGUCCAACAACUGAGGGUCAACAACAACAACAACAGCAACAUUUCUUUGGAAAUAACCAAAAACCACCCCAAAACACUUCUUCCCCCCAAUCACCAAUAAAUAUUUGCCAGCCAACAAUGCUUCCAUUUUUUGUAGAUUAUUCUUUAACUGGCCAUUUUCAUACUCAACAACAAUUUAUUCCUCAAUACAAUCAACAACAAAAUAUAUUUACUUUACCUAAUAAUUUUAUUCCUAUUCAAUCUCCUAAUAAUUAUCAGAAUCCAAUAACUUUCUCUGGGCCUACAACAACUUUUAUAGACCCUCUUUACUUGCCUCAAAAAAUGCCAAUUCCAUUACUCCAAACACCUCCUUACUCAAUUUCCUCUACGGAUAGUGCCAAUUCAUCAUCAAAAGAUGUAAUAACUACUCCAUCUAACGAAGAAUUAUUUAAUAAACAAACAAAAAAUAAUUUAAAUUCUCCAAAUAUUUAUUGGCAAGAAGAGUUGGAUAAACAAGUAAAAGAGAAGAAAAUGACAGAAAUGAUUGAGGCUGAAAAACGUUUAGAGGAACAGAAAGUUUUGGAACGUGAAGCUAAACUUAAAUUUGAACGUGAAGAGAAAGAAAGAGCAGCUGAGGAACAGAAAAGAACACAAAAAUUUGAAAUUCGAGAUCAAUACAAUCAAGCUUGUUUGGAUGGUAUACAACAAGCUAACAAAGAAGCUGAAGCUUUAAAACGCGCAAAAUUGUAUCGGCACAUUCUUCUUGAUGGACAGGCUGAUUUAGAAACUUCAAAAAAAGUGUUAAAAAUUGACGAUGAUCAGCUUGUUGUUAAUGUUUUGAGACAACUUCGUGAUUUUGAAUUGCAAAAAAGUAUAGAAAAAGCAGAAAGUAAAGCAAAAUCAAAUUCUCCAUCAACUACAAAAUCACCAAAACAACAACAACAUUCAUCAUCACCAAAUUCAACACCCAAAACUACUAAAAACAAUCUAAACAAUUCAAAGCAACAACAACAUUUUUCAAGAGCUAAUAGUUGGAGUGUUAAACAAUCAAGAACAAUCCCAACUCAAUGGGCAUCCCAUUUACCCAUUCCAACUUGGCAAAAACAUUCCAAACAAAAUGAAAACAACAACAAUUAUACUAAUACUUUAUCACCUGUCACGAAACUUUCAGCUAAUGAAAUUUUUAAUAAAAACAAGGAAAAGACUCCACCCGGAUUGGUAAGUUUUUUAAAUUAUUUUUUUUAUCUAAAAACACGAAAUCUUUAA